AUGCCGCCGCGGCGCAGCAUCGUGGAGGUGAAGGUGCUGGACGUGCAGAAGCGGCGGGUGCCCAACAAGCAUUAUGUCUACAUCAUCCGGGUUACGUGGUCCAGCGGCUCCACGGAGGCCAUUUACCGGCGCUACAGCAAAUUCUUUGACCUCCAGAUGCAGAUGCUGGACAAAUUUCCCAUGGAAGGAGGACAGAAGGAUCCCAAACAGCGGAUCAUUCCCUUUCUGCCAGGAAAAAUUCUCUUCCGACGAAGCCACAUCAGGGACGUUGCCGUCAAACGCCUGAUCCCAAUUGAUGAAUACUGUAAGGCCCUGAUCCAGCUGCCCCCGUAUAUCUCUCAGUGCGAUGAGGUGCUGCAGUUCUUUGAGACGAGACCUGAGGACCUGAACCCCCCCAAAGAGGAGCAUGUUGGGAAAAAGAAAUCUGGGAGUGACCUGACCUCAGUGGACCCCAUGGUCCUGGACCAGUAUGUGGUGGUGGCCAACUACCAGAAGCAGGAGAGCUCAGAGAUCAGCCUCAGCGUAGGACAGGUGGUGGACAUCAUCGAGAAGAACGAAUCAGGUUGGUGGUUCGUCAGCACAGCUGAAGAGCAAGGCUGGGUCCCCGCAACCUGCCUGGAGGGGCAGGAUGGUGUGCAGGACGAGUUUUCCCUGCAGCCUGAAGAAGAGGAGAAGUACACAGUCAUCUACCCGUACACAGCUCGCGACCAGGAUGAAAUGAAUCUAGAGAGAGGGGCCGUGGUGGAGGUGAUCCAGAAGAACCUGGAGGGCUGGUGGAAGAUCAGGUACCAGGGCAAAGAGGGCUGGGCCCCAGCCUCCUACCUCAAGAAGAACAGUGGGGAGCCCUCACCCCCGAAGCCAGGCCCCGGCUCAUCCGCCCACACUGGCGUCCUUGACCUGGACGGAGUUUCCCGGCAGCAGAGCACAGUGGGCAGGGAGAGAGAGCCAUUCAACAGCCAGAGGGAUGGCCGGUUCGAAGGCCGCCUGGGGCCUGAUGGCGACAUCAAGCAGAGAUCGCCCAAGAUGAGGCAGAGACCCCCUCCUCGCCGCGAUAUGACCAUACCUCGAGGUCUUAACCUGCCCAAGCCUCCCGUCCCACCCCAAGUGGAGGAAGAGUAUUACACCAUUGCCGAGUUCCAGACAACCAUCCCUGACGGCAUCAGCUUCCAGGCGGGUCUGAAGGUCGAGGUGAUCGAGAAGAACUUGAGUGGCUGGUGGUACAUUCAGAUCGACGACAAGGAAGGAUGGGCCCCCGCCACCUUCAUUGACAAGUAUAAGAAGACAAGCAAUGCCUCAAGACCCAACUUCCUGGCACCCCUGCCCAACGAGGUGAGCCAGCCCCGUCUGGGGGACGCAGCAGCAGCAGAGGGCAACACAGGCAGUGAUGCUGUCGGCCCCUCCCGGCCCCUGCCCGAGGCACCACAUGGUACCGCGGACUCCGGGCUGCCGUGGUCCAAAGACUGGAAGGGCGGCAAGGAGGUCCUGAGGAAGGCGUCCUCUGACAUGUCCUCUUGUGCCGGUUACGAAGAGAUCUCCAGCCCUGACCUGGAGGAGAAACCCAGCCUCCCUCCCCGGAAAGAAUCCAUCAUCAAGUCGGAAGGGGAGCUGCAGGAGAGAGAGCGCCAGAGGAUGGAGCAGCUCCGGGGCUCCUCACCCAAGCCCCCGGGUGUGAUUUUGCCAAUGAUUCCAGCUAAACACAACCCCCCGUCCCGGGACAGCAGGAGACCGGAGCCCAAACCAGACAAAAGCAAGUUGUUCCAGCUGAAAAAUGAGAUGGGGCUGGAGUGUGGCCACAAAGUUUUGGCCAAGGAAGUAAAGAAGCCCAACCUCCGGCCCAUCUCCAGACCCAGAGCCGACCUGCCAGAGGAGAAGUCGGAAGUUACUCCCCAGAAUCCCUUCCUGAAGUCCAGGCCUCAGGUGAGGCCCAAACCAACUCCCUCCCCCAGGACAGAGCCACCUCAGGGCGAAGACCAAGUGGACAUCUCCAACCUCAGGAGCAAGCUAAGGCCUGCCAAGUCCCAAGAGAAAGCCCUACUAGAUGGAGAUGGCAGCCACCAGGCUGCUGGGGGCCAAGAUGCAGCCUUUGGCCGGGGUACCCUCCAAGGCGAUGGGCCUGGCCGCACUCAGGACAGGACGGCCAAACAGGAUGGGCUCAGCCCAAAGGAGAUGUCUUGCAGAGCCCCUCCGAGGCCAGCCAAGACCGCAGAUCCUGGGCCUAAGAACGCGCCUGUCUCUCUGCAAGAGGCCCCGCCGCAGAGACCCGUCGUCCUGCCCCGCAGACCACCGCCCCCCAAGAAAGCCACCUCAUCGUCCAGGCCCCUCCCAGAAGUCAGAGGACCACAAUGGGACUCCAGCGAAGGCAAGGCAGCUCCUGGCCCAGGCAGGGCCCUGCUGGUCCCUCCUAAAGCCAAACCUUUUCUACCCAAUUCCUCAGGUGGCCAAGAUGACCUGCGAGGCAAAGGUGGUCCAGGACCACGGAUGGUGGGCAGGGUCGGAGAAAACAGGGAGAAAGUAGCCACGACCCCCUUCCCCAACACCGAUGGCCCGAAGGACUCUCUAUAUGUGGCGGUAGCCAACUUUGAAGGAGACGAAGAUACCAGUAGCUUCCAGGAGGGGACAGUGUUCGAGGUCCGGGAAAAGAACAGCAGCGGCUGGUGGUUCUGCCAGGUCCUGAGCGGGGCCCCGUCCUGGGAGGGGUGGAUUCCCUCCAACUAUCUCAGAAAGAAGCCGUAGCCCCCUCCUUCCCUGCCUGGUGAUCCCACGCAUCCCUGCUGGCUUUA